AUGCAGAGCAUGCAGCGAAAGUUCGGGCGAAUGACCACCAAGCGGUCUGCCGACGACAGCCAGGUCGCCGUUCUGUUAAAGGAUUUCGAGGACGCUGAUAACCUUCUGGCUAAAAUUGUUGAAUCCACCAAGACCUGGCGCGAUGCCUGGGUGUCGAUUGCAACCUUCCAGGGCCGCAUGAUCGAUGAGUUCGACGGACUCUAUGGCCCCAUUGUCGGUUCCAGCGAAACCCCAGCCUCACAUCGCCCGGUGGAUACCGACCCCGCGAUUCUAGCCCGGACCAACAGACUGCGAAGGGAAUACGACGAGCUACGCGAGGACCUGGUACAGGAGCUUGAUGCCGUUGAGGUGCGCAUGACGCAGCCUGCAGAAAAUGCGAAGAGCUACCUGCUUCCGAUGAAAAAGACGAUCAAGAAGCGCAAUGAUAAGAAGUCUGAUUUUGAGCGCCACCAAAGCAAAGUCGAUAGCCUCAUGGCAAAGGGGAAACGUUCCGAUCGCGACAAUGCAAACCUUGCCAAGGCGAAAUCUGAUUUCGCCGUUGCGAAAGAGGCCUACGUUGCAGCAGACGAUGACUUGCGACGACGUCUACCAACCCUGAUCUCGCUCCUCUUCUCUCUGGGCCCUUACAUUCUUCGGGCACAGGUUGAGAUCCAGAAUCGCAUGCUAGCACACUACUACACCGUGCUGCACACCUACUGUGAGGAAGAGGGAUUCCCAUCCCCACCCCCAUCAAUGGACCAAGUGGUCCAGGAAUGGGAACUGGCCAGCAACCCAGUGAAGAGGGAGAUCGAGAGUCUCGGCUGUCUCACCCAGGGCAAAGCGAUCCGACAAUCGGAUCCCAACAACCCCGAGAACAAACGCCCAUCCAUGGGCAGCAAGCGCCCAUCCCUCGCAUCGCUCAGAAGCCACGCCAGCAGCACCUCCGGUUUCUCUGUAUCCGCAGCCCGCAAACCAUCAUUCGCGCCUACAAUGCCAGGUAACAAGCCCUGCGGCUCAGAGCUUCGCUCCGUAUCUCCAGCCUCCUCCUCAUACAUGACACCCCGCGGCUCCGUCUCCCUCGCCAGCUCCUCGAGCACACCCCCGCUCCCAGCAGGAGACGACUACUUCGACCCCCGGCCAAAGCCCCAUCCCCAAUGCCAACCAUUCACCCAUGUCCCAGUGUCAAUGUCGCCCGCCGGUCCCAAGAUCGACCACAUGCAGUACACAGCCAACGCGCGAUCCAACCUAGGCGGACAGGAUAUGAGCGCAGCCAUUGCAGCCAAGAAGAGGCGACCUCCGCCCCCGCCGCGCGGUGCCUCCUUUGUCACAGCUCUGUAUGACUUUAACGGGCAUCAGAAUGGAGACUUGGUGUUCCGGGAAGGUGACCGGAUCAAAAUUGUGACCAAGACGCAGAGCACGGAUGAUUGGUGGGAGGGUGAGUUGCGGGGAGUGAAGGGUCAGUUUCCUGCGAAUUAUGUGGAGUGA